GACGGUGCGGCAUCUCGGAGGAUGGGAUAGCAGUUUGACACGAGAUCAGAGAGCUCGAGUUUCGAAGCAGCAGUCUGAAAUUAAGCCACCGCGCAUGGACCCGAACCAGCGGAAGGGCAAGCAAGAACCUGUUGUAGCGACACCGUUCGGACGCGUGACCGACGGGACUUUGGCCGUAAGAUCCCGGCCGCUCCGGAGAGUAUCUGAAGCUCCCGCUGCACCCCGCUCCCCUACGGUUUCACCACCAACGCCAUGACCUCAGCAAGA